UUGUAUACGUAAACUAGAUUGUUUGUUUAUUUACAGUAUAAUUAUAUUUUAUACAUCCUGCGUUACAAAUUAGUAUGAGUGUCGAACAUACUCUCGCUAUAAUAUUUCCAGAGGGAAUGACUAACGUGAAGAAAAUCAUCAGGACUUUGAAAGAACAAUGUUUUACAAUUCUGUCCCAAAGAUAUGUACAUCUGACUCCGGAACAAGCGAGUGACUUCUAUCACGGUCUCUACGGCAGACGAGAUUUCCCUCUCCUAGUCGCUUACAUGUCUUCAGCUCCGGUUACUGUGGUGUGCUUGGGUAGAGAGGAUGCAGUGGAGAAGCUUGUGGAGAUUGUAGGACCUAUGGACGUCGUAGUAGCACAGCGAGACAAUCCACGGUCCCUCAACUCCCAGUUUGGUAACUAUGAGUGCAAUCUUCCCGCAAUGCAUGCCAGUAGAGACUUGCCAAUAGCUCGGAGGGAGAUUCUUUUCUUCUUCCCCAACUCAUUGUUAGAACCGAUUCCCGAUCUAGAAGCUGGUCUCAACCUCCUGAACAAAGAGGUUCGUCCUCUGCUAAAGGAAGGUCUUGCCCAGUUGGUGAAGGAGAAGCCUCUAGAGCCCAUGUUGUGGCUGGCCGACUGGCUGCUGGCUCAUAACCGCAGUAAGCCCCUCGUCCCUAGCCACCUCAGACGACAACCGUUUCCUGAAGGUGGUGUCAAGUAACGAGACUUUCCAAUUUAACUGGUGAAAUAGUUUACAUCAUUUUGAUCCAACAACAACCAUAAAUACGACAGUAUUACGUAUGGUACCAAACUAAAUAAAUUAAUAGUUUUCAUUGUUAAUUGAAAUUUCUAUAAAAUUUAUAAAAUCAUA